GCCAUUUUUGCACAAUAAUAUGCAUGAUAAUGCGUAUCUGUGCUCUGAAAUUAUUUAUUACUGUUUGAUUUGAUGUUAGGUAAGUAAAUUCGUCAGCUGUCUAAUCUUUGCUUAAGUGAGAAAUAGUGAAUGUGAAGCUGCACGAGCUUUAAUCUUCGGUUGUUUCAACUGUUUCUGUACCGAACAUUCUUUUUGUUAUUCUGUGAUUAGAUGCUAACUAAAUUCGUUCGUUGUUUUCUCUUUGUUUUAAGUCUGAGUUAGCAAAUGCGAAGUUGCACGAGGUUCGACUGUUUCUGCUUUCAACUGAAUUUUUUAAGUUAUGUAGUAAUGCAGUGUUUGUUUUGUUUUUGUGCCUUUUUUUGUAAUUGUACUAUUUUAUGGUUGAUUUUGCUUUGUAAAGGGAAUCGUACUCCGAUGAACGGUUGAUUUGAUGUGCGCAUAUGCUAAUGUAUAUGUAUAGUUACGGUAAUUGUACUAUUUUAUGGUUGAUUUUGCUUUGUAGAGGGAAUCGUACUCCGAUGAACGGUUGAUUUGAUGUGCAUGCUACUAAUUUAUGGUUGAUUUUGCUUUGUAAAGGGAAUCGUACUCCGAUGAACGGUUGAUUUGAUGUGCAUGACAAUGUAUAUUAUGUAUAGUUACUGUUACUGUUACUUAUUCUGCGGCCUGCGCUGUGAUGUUAGAUAAGUAAAUUUGCUGGCUCUGAAUUUAACCUCCGGUAGUUUUAACUGUUUCUUUCUUGAACUGGAUCUGGACUUAAUUAUUUAAGUUGUAUAAUUGAUUUUCUGAGUGUUAUUUUCUUGUCAUUUUUCCUCUAUAACGUGAAUUGUACGAAAAUCAAUUAAUUUUGUCAUAAAAUUUAAGCCAUUUGGGAUGAAUUUAUAAAUGUAUUAAAAAUCAGUGGUAAAUAAAUGGAUAGUCCUCAUGGAUCUAUUAGAACGUGGGAUUGAAAAUUUAUAAAUUUGCCAAACAGAUUGAAUUGAAGCCAAAAAGAAUCUAUAUUUAAUUUUCUGACAUUGUAUCUAAACAGAAUGCUACGAUCUGCACCUUCAAAGUUUAGGUGAAUAUACCAUCCUCGCUCAAAUUUUGACAUAUUUCUCAGAUACUAGAACCUAUAUAUUAAUUUAUUCUUGGAAUUGGUCCCAAGUAACUCUGUCGUGUUUUCACAUAAAACUCCAAAGUAACAAACUAAUUUAAUUCAGUUUUUAACAGAAGACGAGUUGCUGUUUUGCUCUUCUUCCCUUCUUGAAUGACUUAUUAGACUUUCUCUAAUCACUUUUCUCAAAAAAGUCACAUUGUCCUCUGUGUUUUCAUAUAAAAGUGCAAAUUAGAUGGAGAAGGUAACCAGUUAUGGCUUUAUCGUUGGUUUUGUCCCAUUUGUUUGUGCUUGAAAAGGAUUGUGAUGAUAUAAAGUUCGAACAGUAUGAAAAACUUGAGAAGAUUGGCAAGGGAACUUAUGGAGUGGUGUACAAGUGUCGUAAUUGCGAGACCAAUGAAAUUGUUGCUCUGAAGAAACUGAAGAUGGAUAAACCAGACGAGGGAGUUCCUUACACAGCUGUCAGAGAGAUUUCUCUCUUGAAAGAGAUGCAGCAUGAGAACAUAGUAAGGCUGCUGGAUGUUGAGCACACUGAGAAGAGGUUGUAUCUUGUAUUUGAAUAUCUGGACUUGGAUCUGGCGAAACACAUGGAGUCUAGCCCAGAAUUCUCAAGGAAUCCUCGCCUUGUUAAAUUGUUUCUGUAUCAAAUACUACGUGGUGUAGCAUAUUGUCAUUCUCACAGAAUCCUCCAUCGAGAUUUGAAGCCUCAAAACCUGCUGAUUGAUCUUCGUACUAAUACAUUAAAGCUUGCAGAUUUUGGAUUGGGCAGGGCAUUAUCCAUUCCUCUUGGGACACUUACGCACCAGAUGGUUACUCUAUUGUACAGGGCCCCAGAAAUACUACUUGGAUUAAAGAAGUAUUCUACUCCUGUUGAUGUUUGGUCAGUUGGUUGUAUAUUUGCUGAGAUGGUGAACCAGAAGCCCUUAUUUCCUGGGGAUACUGAGAUUAAGCAAAUCCGCAUGAUUUUCAGUGUUAUGGGAACCCCUAAUGAAGAUACAUGGCCUGGAGUCACAGCUCUGACCGGUUUAAUAUAUAAAUAUCCAAAAUGCCUGCCUAAGGACCUUGCUACUGUGGUUCCAAAUCUUGAUGCAGCUGGUCUUGAUCUCCUUGGUAAAAUGCUGUGCUUGGAUCCAAUAAAAAGAAUCACUGCUAAAAGUGCUCUUGAACAUGAGUACUUCAAGGACAUCGAGCUCAUCCCCUGAUUCAGUUCCAUUGAUCCCGGUGCAUAUAUAUAUAGCCAUUUAUGCUUCUGGGACGAGGGAGAAUAACACGACCAUGUUGCUGGUGAGCGAUUGCAGAAACACCCUCUGGCUGAUGUCUUUAGAUUACAUAUGAUGUUACGGUGUAUACGGCUUAUGCUGUGUGUUUCAUCAUCAUUCCCGACGUCAACAACUCUGACCUGAAAAUAACUCGCUAGCUUCCUCCUGAGAGUCGUAUUCUCUUGUUUGACUUGCUGGAACAUCCCCACGCAUCUGUAAUAGCGGGCAGGACUUGACGUCAACAUUUUCUUUGUUUGGCAUCAAAACUACUUGAAUAAUUGACAAUAACGAUUGUGUGAAUAUAAAACGGCAUAAAUACAUAGGAUUUGUAGUCAAACAAAAGUUCCCUGCUUGCAGUAUUCUAGAAAUUGUGCGCAUUCUUCUGUACUUUCUUUGUGCCUACGCUGUAAGAAAUAAACUUUGCUAGUUUUCGAUCUAACACAACCAUCACUUGGAUCUAGAAUAAAAUUGGAUUGCUAUGCAGUAUUUGACCCCAGUAAACUGUGUGUUGAAUA